AUGUUACGUGAAGAAUUACAAUUAUUACAAGAGCAAGCUUCAUUAAUUGGCGAAGUUAUUAAAGUUAUGGAUAAGACAAAAGUUCUUGUUAAAAUUCAACCAGAAGGUAAAUUUGUUGUUGAUCUUGACAAAAAUAUUGAUAUAACUAAUUUAACACCAAGUUGUUGUGUUGCAUUAAACAAUGAUAGUUAUACAUUACAUAAAAUUUUACCAAAUAAAAUUGAUCCAUUAAUUAGUUUCAUGAUAGUAGAAAAAGUUCUUGAUUCUACCUAUGAAAUGAUUGGUGGUCUUGAUAAACAAAUAAAAGAAAUCAAAGAAGUUAUUGAAUUACCAGUUAAAUAUCCUGAAUUAUUUGAUGCUUUAGGUAUUAGUCAACCAAAAGGUGUUUUGCUUUAUGGUCCACCAGGUACUGGUAAAACUCUU